AUGAACGCGGUCGUCGAUUUAUUGGUACCAUUGGUUUUGAUUUUGGCCGGCGGUAAACGAUGCGCUGGCGACACGACGAUCACUCUGGGGAUUUUGUACAACGAAGAGAAUUCAAUGCUAGAGACGGCCUUUAAGUCUUCCGUGGACGUUGCAAAGGCCAAGAUGAUAGAUAGUGGAGUUCAGUUGGAUGUUGUCAGCAAAAUAGUUCCUCUUUACGAUUCGUUCGAGACCCAACACCACGUAUGCGAAAUGCUUGUCGACGGUGUGUCCGGCAUGUUUGGACCGUCCGCCGGGGACACGGCUCCUAUCGUGCAAUCGAUUUGCGACUACAAAGAAAUCCCUCACAUACAGACUCGGUGGGACGUAAACCAAAAAAGAGGGUCUUGUCAAAUCAAUUUGUACCCACACCCGAACACUUUGGCCGAAGCACUCAUCGAUAUUAUUGUUGCCGCCAACUGGGAGAGCUUCACUAUCAUCUACGAAAACAAUGACAGUCUAAUGCAAAUCACCAACAUCCUCAAGUCACCGCCUACUAAUUAUCCUAUCCGAAUCAGACAACUCAGUUCAGGACCUAAUUAUCGAAAAGAGCUUCGCGAAAUUAAAGAUUCCGGAGAGACAAAAAUACUAUUAGACUGCUCGUUCAGCAUACUGACGGAUGUGCUAUUACAAGCACAGCAAGUGGGCCUCAUGGGAUCUGAACACAAUUUUAUAAUCGCAUCUCUGGACAUGCAUACCUUGGACUUGGAUCCGUUCAGGUACAGCGGGACCAAGAUUACUGGUAUGCGGUUGGUGAAGCCGCUCGACAUUGAGUUCCAGAACAUCGUGUCACAGUGGACUGACAAUUUGAGCCCACUCGAACCCGACGACAAAAUAGUGUUGCCUGAAACUAUCCAGUUGGAGUCUGCUUUGAUCUACGACGCCGUGCAAUUGUUCACGACGUCCAUUUACAAUUUGAGCAAAGAGUUCGAAAUCAGCGAAACGCCGACACCGUGCAAUUCCAGUCUUUCGUGGAAGCACGGAUUCACUUUGAUCAACUAUAUGAAAAUGGCCAAAGAUUUCAAAGGACUCACCGGUAAGAUAAAGUUCGAUCAAGAAGGUUUCCGGACGGAUAUUGAAUUGGAACUAGUGGACCUGACGCAGGACGGUUUGCGAGUGACAGGGACGUGGAAUACAAAAACCGGAAUUAAUGUUUCAGCAACACCUAAACCGGAAAUCGUAUCAAGUGGGAAAGAUUCUGAUUUGAGGAAUAUGUCAUUUGUAGUAAUCACGGCGUUGACGCAACCAUAUGGUAUGCUUAAACUUUCCAGCAAUACUUUAAAAGGCAACGACCGUUACGAAGGUUUCGGAAUCGAUUUGAUUAAAGAGCUCAGUGAAAUGAGCGGUUUCAAUUAUACGUUCAUAAUACAAGAAGAUUCCAACAGUGGAUAUAAGGACGAUAAAACUAAAAAGUGGAGCGGAAUGAUUGGGGAAGUCAUAAAUGGACAAGCCGAUCUCGCAAUUGCCGAUAUCUCCAUCACUAGACAAAGAGAACACGACGUGGAUUUCACUAGCCCAUUCAUGAAUCUAGGCAUCAGCAUAUUGUACAAAAAGUCGACAAAGAGUUCGCCGAGUCUGUUUUCAUUUUUGGCACCGUUCAGUUCCUUCGUCUGGCUUUGGGUAAUAACGGCCUACUGUGGCGUGUCCGUUCUUCUAUUCAUUAUGGCAAGGAUCAGCCCGUACGAGUGGACCAAUCCUUACCCGUGUAUUGAAGAGCCCGAGUACUUGGAAAACCAAUUUAGUCUGUCAAACGCGUUUUGGUUUACGAUCGGAUCGCUGAUGCAGCAAGGUUCCGAUAUUGCUCCGAUUGCUGUGUCCACUAGAUUGGUCGCAGGUAUUUGGUGGUUCUUCACGCUCAUCAUGGUUUCAUCUUACACUGCAAAUUUAGCUGCGUUUUUGACCGUCGAGAGUGUGUCGGAACCAUUCAAAGACGUAGAGGAUCUAGUGAACAAUCAAAACAUUAUCUCCUUCGGUCUAAAGAAGAAAGGAUCUACUGAGGAAUAUUUCAAGGAAUCAACAAACCCUACAUAUAAAAAAUUAUUUGAUAUUUUACAAAAAAACCCAGCCUGGUACACUGCAAAUAAUGACGAGGGCGUCGAAAAAGUACUCAAGGAAAAUUAUGCAUUUUUCAUGGAGUCUACGUCAAUCGAGUACAUGGUCGAGCGGAACUGCAAAUUGGCUCAAAUCGGCGGACUGUUGGACAAUAAGGGCUACGGGAUUGUGAUGAAAAAAAACGCGAGUUUUCGAAAUGUUCUGAGCGCAAACAUAUUGAGCCUGCAAGAGAAGGGCAAACUGACAGCGUUAAAGAACAAAUGGUGGAAAGAGAAACGCGGGGGCGGAGCGUGUCAGGACACCGACAAUAACGAGGCCAGCGAGUUGAGUAUGAAAAACGUGGGUGGCGUGUUCAUUGUGUUAUGCAGUGGUGUUGCUGUUGCUGCCGUGUUGGCGGCUCUGGAAAUGUUUUGGACGUUGUGGAAAACGACCAGCAAAGAAAAGGUAUCGUUCAAGAGCGAGUUCAAAGACGAACUUAAGUUCAUUGCCAAGUGUCGCGGGUCUACGAAACCAGCUCGGAAGAAUCAGAACAGCAGCGCGGACAACUCGAAUCCGACCGGAUCCAAUCAGUACAUGAACUCAGAUCGGCACUACGACUACGAGUCGUGAUGGCACGAAAACGAUGGGACAUCAUAUAUCAUCAGGACACUAUAUUUUCCUUUUACUGAUCGAAUGCACGUCCGCUUGCAGUUUUUAAUUUAUAAACAAUAUAAAAUAUGAUAAUUAUUGUAUAUUAUUUAUUUAUAUCUAU